AUGCUUUGAGAAAGCUACUUGACCCUACAGACGAUGAAAUUUACUAUAAUAAAGGAUGCGCACUUUAUGAGUUGGGGAGCAAUUGAAUGCUACGACAAAUUAAUUGAUGAAAAACCUAAAGAGCCGUUAAGGUCACAGAGAAAAACUAAAGUAAUAGAAACUAAUAAAAAUACAGCAAUAUCCAAAACUGGCAAGAUUUUAGCUUACUUUAAUAAAGCUAAUGCUCUUUGCGAGAUGGGGAAAAUUUCAGAUGCAAUAGUGUGCUAUGACGAGGCAAUUACACUUUUUGAGAGACAUGGUUUUAUUUGGAAUAAUAAAGGGCGUGCUCUUUCCAGAUUAGAAAAGUACUAUAAAGCAAUAGAUUGCUAUAAUGAAGUAGUAUGAAGUAGUGCUACUAACCCUCUGCAUCUUUGUUAUAGGGCUAACCUUCUCAAUGGUAUAGGAUUUGAAGUGCAAGCACUGGAGGAUCUUCGUGUGGCAUAUGAUUUGAUAAAAGAUAACCAAGCAGGCGAAAUAAGUAUUGACUCACAAGAAAUCUCCUUUGAGGAAAGAUAUAAAUGCACUAUUGACACAUUAAAUCAAGAUUGAAUUGAUUAA